UCCGGCGUGCGGUGAUGACGACAUCUGGCCGGCGCCUGAGGUGUGGGCUGGGAGACUGGGCGGGUUUCCGAGGCUGCCGGCUGGACUGCUGAGAGCCGCUGUCAUGGCUGCCGCUGUGUGGGGCUGCUUCUCCGUCCUGCUGCUGCUACUACCAAGGGAUACCCAGAGUUCGGAGGUGUCCGGGAUUGCUGCCGAGGGAUCUGGAGGGAGUGGGGUCGGCGUGGGAGACCGCUUCAAGAUUGAGGGGCGUGCAGUAGUUCCAGGAGUGAAGCCCCAGGACUGGAUCUCGGCGGCCCGAGUGCUCGUAGACGGAGAAGAGCACGUCGGCUUCCUUAAGUCAAUAUUUUCAGUAGAAUUACUGAUGGUUUUCUCAUGUUGCUUUAUCAGAGCAAGAUAUGUGAAUUACAUCAAAACAUCAGAAGUGGUCAGACUGCCCUAUCCUCUCCAAAUGAAAUCUACAGGUCCACCUUCUUAUUUUAUUAAAAGAGAAUCAUGGGGCUGGACAGACUUUUUGAUGAACCCAAUGGUUAUGAUGAUGGUUCUUCCAUUAUUGAUAUUUGUGCUUCUGCCCAAAGUGGUCAACACAAGUGAUCCUGACAUGAGACGGGAGAUGGAGCAGUCAAUGAAUAUGCUGAAUUCCAACCAUGAAUUACCCGAUGUUUCUGAGUUCAUGACUAGGCUCUUCUCUUCAAAAUCAUCUGGCAAAUCUAGCAGCGGCAGCAGUAAAACAGGCAAAAGUGGAGCUGGCAAAAGGAGGUAGUCAGAUGGUCCAGAGCUGGCAUUUGCAUAAACAUGGCAGCACUGGGUGGCAUCCAAGUCUUGAGGGAAAACCAUGUGAAGCAACUACUGUAAACUUGAGUCAUCCUGAAAGUUGAUCUCUUACAACUCUUGGAUAUGUUAACUUUUUAGCACAUGUUUUGUACUUGGCACACAAGAAAACCUAGCUUUCAUCUUUGUCUGUGUGAGGUCAAUAUUGAUGUUAACCGAAUUACAGUGUCCUAUAGAAAAUGACAUUAAUAAGUUAUAUGAAUUACUAUACAUUAUGUAUAUUAAAAUAAGUCUUAAUCCAGAGAUCAAA